ACUGUCUUCAGACCCGUCUGUCAGUGCGUCUGUGGCCGGUCGGUAACUCCAGCUCCUCCACUUCUUCUGCUUCACUUCACUUCCACCGAGAACCAACAGCCAUCAUGAGGGAGAUCGUGCACAUCCAGGCCGGACAGUGCGGUAACCAGAUCGGUGCAAAGUUCUGGGAGGUGAUCAGCGACGAGCACGGCAUCGACCCAACAGGAACCUACCAUGGAGACAGCGACCUGCAGCUGGACAGGAUCAGUGUGUAUUACAAUGAAGCCACUGGUGGGAAGUACGUGCCCAGAGCCAUCCUUGUCGACCUGGAACCAGGCACCAUGGAUUCAGUCCGCUCCGGACCCUUUGGGCAAAUCUUCAGACCUGACAACUUUGUCUUUGGUCAGAGUGGAGCCGGAAACAACUGGGCAAAAGGCCACUACACAGAGGGGGCAGAGCUGGUGGAUUCAGUCCUGGACGUGGUGAGAAAAGAGGCCGAGAGCUGCGAGUGUCUGCAGGGUUUCCAGCUGACACACUCCCUGGGGGGAGGCACAGGCUCCGGCAUGGGCACCCUGCUCAUCAGCAAGAUCAGAGAAGAGUAUCCAGACCGCAUCAUGAACACCUUCAGCGUGGUGCCCUCCCCUAAGGUUUCAGACACGGUGGUCGAGCCGUACAACGCCACGCUGUCAGUGCACCAGCUGGUAGAAAACACAGACGAGACCUACUGCAUUGACAACGAAGCUCUUUAUGACAUUUGCUUCCGCACUCUCAAACUCACCACGCCUACCUACGGUGACCUCAACCACCUGGUUUCCGCCACCAUGAGCGGUGUCACCACUUGCCUGCGUUUCCCCGGCCAGCUGAACGCCGAUCUGAGGAAGCUGGCAGUCAACAUGGUUCCCUUUCCCCGUCUGCACUUCUUCAUGCCCGGCUUUGCCCCUCUGACCAGCCGGGGGAGCCAGCAGUACCGCGCCCUGACGGUGCCCGAGCUCACCCAGCAGGUGUUUGAUGCCAAAAACAUGAUGGCGGCUUGCGACCCUCGCCACGGGCGCUACCUGACGGUGGCCGCCGUGUUCCGUGGCCGCAUGUCCAUGAAGGAGGUGGACGAGCAGAUGCUGAACGUCCAAAACAAGAACAGCAGCUACUUCGUGGAGUGGAUCCCCAACAACGUGAAGACGGCUGUCUGUGACAUCCCGCCACGCGGCCUCAAGAUGGCCGUCACCUUCAUUGGCAACAGCACAGCCAUCCAGGAGCUGUUCAAGCGCAUCUCUGAGCAGUUCACCGCCAUGUUCCGCCGCAAGGCUUUCCUCCACUGGUACACCGGCGAGGGCAUGGACGAGAUGGAGUUCACAGAGGCCGAGAGCAACAUGAACGACCUGGUGUCCGAGUACCAGCAGUACCAGGAUGCCACGGCCGAGGAGGAGGGAGAGUUUGAGGAAGAGGUGGAAGAGGAUGCCUAGAAAAAAAAAGAAAGAAACAAAAGUGAUGAAACAUGAGCUGAAGAUGAUAGAAGAAGAUGAUAGAAGAAGAAGAAGAAGAAGAAGCUCAAACCAAAAUGAAAAAAAUCUCAAAAAAAGUGAAAAAAAAAAUGUGACAUGAAACGAAGGAACGUAGAAGAACAGAUGAAGCAGGAAGGUCUGAACCGGUGAAUGGAGGAAGAGAAGUGACGACGAGACUGAAAGAUGAACGUAGGCAGAGAGGUGAACGAGCAGCAGGAUGAAGACGAUGUGACCAAAUUAAUGUGCCAUGGUUUACAGUUCAUUGUGACGCCAUGUUGGCUGGUUUACCGAGACCCGCCUCCCAAAAUCCCUUUACGCCAGGACCACGGGCCAGUUGCACAAAACACCUGAAGUUGAUUAAACCAUUGCACAAAAGACCUUAGUGACCAAACUAUUGGAAAAACGUAAAGGUACUUCUAUGUGAACUGCACCCAUAAUGACGAGGAACUAAUUUUACAUUACACACUCCUUUGAUGUUAGCAGCUUCCCAAAAGUGAUGACAGGUAUCACAAACAAAUGGUCUCCAUGGAAACAGUAGAACUUUACAGCUGUAAAAUCUCUUUCGCUGCUGUAAAUUACUUAACUUUUUUCCUUUAACUAAGGAAACAUCUUAAGAGACUCUGUGCUUAAGUAACUCCCUCAGCUAAGGAGAAAUUAAACCUUAAGUUUCAUACCUAAGUAGAAAACUUAAGGUGUUUUGUGCAACUGGCCCCAGGUCUUGUAGCAAAUGCACAAGAAGCACUUCGCACACUUCACUGUCAUCACGUAGGAUUGUCUCUCAACAAAGUAAACAUGGGCGGCUUUUAACAAGUGUUUUGUUAAAUGGUUGAAUUACAAUUAUUGCACUCACUUCACUUAUUGUUAUGACAUCAGAAAUGAAAUCUAUGGACUUAUCUGUUCCACAGUUAAAGCACUUCAACUAGGGUGAUGUCAGAGAGCGUCAGUGGCUGUAAUCAUAUUGUUUUGGGGAAACCAGGUCUGUAACCUGAAAGUCGGCUUCAGAAACAGGAAUCAUGCCAUUUAUAAGUGUUAAAUGCUUUUAUCAGUGUUAAUUUCUUUUGCAGUUAAAUUCCACUCUCAGAGAUAAAUGUGAAUCUGUGCAGUAGGUGAGAAAACUGAAAACUGUCAGUAUUGUUUUUCCUCACUCAGGUCUGAACUUUUAAAUAAAUUGGAUGACCACACAAAAUUGAAAAUAAGUGUCAAAAGGCUCAAAUUCAACAUAUAUUCCAUCAGUAAUCAAUCCAAUCAAAACAAGGGUUUUUUUCAAACAAAUUCCCACAGUUUUAAUGCAGCAGUAGCAGUUUGAGGGUUUUUCUUAGACGCCAGCCAACGUCAUGAGGAGGAUCUCGCACUGCAGAUGCUCAAAGCUCAGCUCAGGUGAUGGAAAGAAUAUCAGCUUUAGCUUUAACCUGUUUUCCAUUUCUUACUAUUUGGCUGCCUGAUAUCUGAGCUCAGUUUGAUUAUAAGCGUCUCUGCUUUUGUUGGAUCAGAGCCAGGUAUUAUAUUUACAUUUUGCCUGUGACCUCCAUGUGUUCUUUAAUCUACAUUUUUUAUAAAUUUCAUGGGACUUCAAACUUAGACUAAAAAUGUAUGUAAGGAAAAUAUCAGCAGUUACAACUGGACAGCAGUUCUAUCACCUGCAUCUUUUUCCAUUCCAAGUAUUAAAAUCAUGGAGAGAAGAUGAAGAAUUCAUUUUUAUCUCAUCACAAUGAUCAUUUCCAGCAUUUUUCUGAAUUAAAUCUCACUGCCCAAAAAUGUUCAGUUCAACAGCUCUACUUCUGCUGCUUCUGUAUAUUUGAUAAUACACCAAGUCAUUUUAAGGCUUUUAUUAUGAAGGAUUGAUCAUGAUUUCAUGAUUGAAAUGGUAAAAUACCAAUUUGCAGCUUUAUAUUUCUUUUAUAAUAAAACUGCAAAUUGGUAUUUUUACUUUAGUUUUAUUUUUGUUGUUUCCACUCUGAGCCACUACAGUAUUAAUUCAAAUCACACACAGGUAUGUGAACUUUCUCUUUACUCUUUACUGUGUGUCUGUGUGUGUGUUUCUGUGCUAUUGUUUGUUAGAACCUUUUUUUAAAUUCCUGUACAACAGUUUCAAUUUGGAUCCCACUGACUGUGAAAUGUUUUGGGAGAAAUAAAAAGGCAUUUAAGAAAAAAAAA